GUUCAGGGCUUGCGCCGUUCUUCGGCUCCGCCCCCUGGGUUAACAGAGCAGCGCCGCUCCGUCCCCAUCGCCGCCGGCCGCCGCUCCCUCACCCCCUCCACCUGCAUACCUAGAGCCGCUAUUUCUCCCUCCCUCUGCGCGUGCGCAGGAUCGACGACGAUGGCGGGGGAGGCAGAAAGGAGGAAACGCGCGGCGGUGGUUGUGCUGGGCGACAUCGGCCGCAGUCCCCGGAUGCAGUACCACUCCCUCUCCCUCGCCAGCCAGGCUGGUAUGGAAGUGGACAUUGUUGCAAACGGAGGAAGUGAUCCCCAUUUAUCACUGAGAGAGAAUCCGUCGAUUCACAUCCAUGAGAUGAAAUCAGUGCAGUUAUCAGGAGUUUCAAAGAUAUCUGGGGCCCUGGCACUGCUACUUAAAGCUGCCAUCCAGUUUAUCAUGCUGAUUUGGUUUCUCUGCUUUAAGAUUCCUCGCCCUGAUGUCUUCAUUGUUCAGAAUCCACCCUCCGUUCCAGCAUUGGCUGCUGUAAAAGUGGUUAGCUGGCUAAGAGGUGCUAAAUUUAUUGUGGAUUGGCAUAACUUUGGAUAUACUUUGCUUGGAUUGUCUCAUGGCAGAAGUAACGUAAUAGUCAAAAUUUAUUUCUGGUUCGAGAAGCACUUUGGGCGGAUGGCUGAUGGUGCCUUUUGUGUUACAAAAGCAAUGCAACACGAGCUUUCUCAAAAUUGGGGAAUCAAAGCAACAGUUCUUUAUGAUCAUUCUCCUGAAUUUUUUCAUCCUGCUUCCUUGACGGAGAAAUAUGAGUUGUUCUGCAGGUUGGGUACUUCCAUUUGUAGUGCUAUGGGCAGUGCUGAUUGCAUCUCUGUUGAAAAAGAAGUGGAAGACAAGAGCACUACUGUGCUUACUAGCAAGAUUGAUGGUGGAGUUUUUUUUAAGCCUAAUAGACCUGCACUUGUUAUGAGCAGCACAAGCUGGACACCAGAUGAAGAUUUCAGUAUACUUCUGGAAGCAGCACUGAUGUAUGAUAGACGUGUUGCUGCAACAUUAGGUGAAGAGGAUUCAAUGGAUGAGGGGCAGCUUUGGAUUGAUAUCAAGAGCGGGAAGCAAUUUGAUUACCCGAGAUUGCUUUUCAUUAUCACAGGUAAAGGGCCUGAUAGAAAGAAAUAUGAGGAACAGAUAAAAAGGUUAAAACUGAGACGUGUUGCCUUCCGGACUAUGUGGCUUGCAUCGGAGGACUAUCCUCUAUUGCUAGGAUCAGCUGAUCUAGGCGUAUCGUUGCAUACAUCCUCGUCGGGGCUUGAUCUACCUAUGAAGGUGGUUGAUAUGUUUGGAUGUGGAUUACCAGUUUGUGCUGCUUCAUUCUCCUGCAUCGAGGAGCUUGUGAAAGUAAACAGAAAUGGACUUCUUUUCUCAACAUCUUCGGAGCUUGCAGACGAACUUAUGAUGCUCUUUAAGGGAUUUCCAGAGGAAUGUGACACCUUGAAAUCUCUGAACGGUGGUGCCUUGAGUACAGGGUCAUCUUCCAAAUGGUCAACAGAAUGGGAAACUAAUGCACUUCCUUUGGUGAAGCAGGUGAUUGGCUAAAACACCACAAUAAUAUUGAUCAGAUGGGCAGAAGGAUGGCUUUGUUGCUGGCCUGAACAUCUGCCAAUUCCAUAGUUUAUAGGUGUAUUUAUUGUACACUUGAGUGACCAGGUGUACAUUUGAUGGUUGAGGAGAAAACAUGUGCACAUAUCAGUUUACUCGCUCGCCCCAGUUGCUUCUUGGAUCAGUUGCCACCCAAGGGCAUAGAUGGGUGUUCGUCGUAGCAGAACCUACCACCAAUACCCUCAGGGACCUCUACCCAACCAACUCCAACUGUUUAAAUGAAAAGGUGUUGAGCAUAUGUCCAAGUUGUUUCAGCAUGUAUAGCUACUGAUCCAAUAGAGUUUAGCGGCAGUUUUUUUGUUUGUUGUUGUAAGGAUCCUGAAUUGUGUGUCCAGUUACAUAACAAAAACAGGACACUGACAGAAACAUACUUUGACACUGGUAUUGAGACCAACUGUCGAAACAUUUUGGAUACAUAACAUGUGCAUGUACCCAAAUAAAUUGUGCCAGGAGCCUGAUUUCUUUUU